CAGGUUUACUGAUGAUAUUUGGAAACAAACUCUGGCAUGGCGUCAGUGUUGUCACAGCUGAUGGGUCAGUGGAUGGAUGUUCAGGGUCUCCUGAUAUUUCUGUGUGUGCUUCUGCUGGUGAAACACCUGCGAUAUGUUCUUACAAACAACAUGCCGCCAGGACCCUUCCCUCUGCCUUUGGUUGGAAAUGUACUGAAUAUAGGCUUUACUGAUCCAAUGGAGGUUUUUCCGAAGAUUGCUGAGAGGUAUGGAGAUGUGAGCACACUGUAUCUGGGAAACAAUCCAUGCAUCCUGCUCACUGGAUACGAGAGUUUCAAAGAGGCGUUUGUGGAGCAGGCGGACAUCUUCACAGACCGGCCAUACUUCCCUGUGAAUGACAAGAUCUGUAAAGGGCAAGGUCUGAUCUUCUCUAGUGGACACAUGUGGCGUCAUCAGAGGCGCUUUGCUCUGGCAACACUUAAGUACUUUGGUGUUGGCAAGAAAACUCUAGAAAACUCCAUCCUGCAGGAGUGUUGCUUUGUCUGUAGUGCUUUGCAAACCAAGCAAGGUUUGCCAUUCAACCCUCAUCACCUCUUGACCUACGCAGUGGGCAAUAUAAUAUGCAGCCUGGUUUUUGGCUACAAGUUUGAGUAUGACAACCAUCAUUUUCAUGAGCUGUUGCAGUAUUCAGAUGAAACCUUUAAGCUGCCCAUCAAUAUCUGGGGUCGGUUGUAUAACACAUUUCCUGCUCUGAUGUCCUUGCUGCCAGGAAAGCACCAGACUGCAUUUGCCAACCUUUCCAAGCUUAAGCUCUUUUCUAAGGAGGAAAUCAGGAAGCACAAAGAGGACAGAAACCCCUCUAGUCCUAGAGACUACAUUGACUGUUAUCUGGAUGAAAUUGAGAACUGUAAGGACAGUGAGGCGGAAUUCACAGAGGAAAAUCUGAUACACUGUGUGUUGGAUCUGUUUGGAGCAGGAACAGAAAGCACUGCUAAAUCACUCAGCUGGGCUUUACUCUACAUGGCCAAGUAUCCAGAAGUGCAAGAAAAAGUCCAUUCUGAGAUCGAUCAGGUGAUUGGACAGACACGUCAGCCAUUAAUGGAAGACAGGGCACAUCUGCCGUACACCUACGCUGUGAUGCAUGAGAUUCAGAGGUUCGCAAAUGUUCUUGCUUUCAUUCCGCCGAGAGUUGCCAGCAAAGACACCACAGUAGCCGGAUGUCUCAUACCAAAGGGUGUGAUGGUGCUGCCAAUGCUGAAGCCAAUCCUGGAGGACAAGAAUGAAUAUCGCACUCCGUAUGAAUUCAAUCCUGCUCAAUUUCUGGAUGGAAAUGGCAAAUUUUUGAAGAGAGAAAAUUUCAUUCCCUUUUCAAUAGCUCACACUAUGCCUUGUAAUAAGUCAGCCAUCAACAACUGCUGUAAAGUCGGCCGUUUCCCAUCUUUAAGAGUGAAGUCGGACGACUGCAGCAAAGUGAAGUGCUCCGUACCUGUUCGCAAGAAUCCUUGCAGCUGUGUGACAUGCUGUGGCCGUGAGGCUGUUGUCGUGCAGGAUGACUGUAAAUACAGUGGAGCGUGUGGAAAGCAGGUGUACGGCUGCGUCAAGCCGGUUUGUCAGCACAACCCUUGCUGCAACCUGACAUCAUGUCAUGAUCAUGCGGUCAAGAGCCUCAUCCAGGAUGACUGUGAAUCCUGGAGACGUUGUGGAAAUGAAGAGUUUGUCUCAUUCCCUGUCAAUAAGUGGAAGUGCGCGUGCUGCACACCGGGUUGUGAUCAACUGCCAUUGCAACUGACUGACAGAAAGCUGUGAUUAUGUUGGACUGUGAGGAUUCAGUCCUCAGGUUCUUCUGUCUAGAAUUGAAAUUAAUCUUUUAAUGAAGCUGGAAAAAUGA